CCUGACGAGCCCCAAUAACGGGUGCGCUUGUUUCUUUUCCGGAAGUGCUGUUGCUUUGACAGGUCUGGGUGCCCUUGUUUGGCAGCUGUGCUGGAUGAGAGGGAGCUGGGUGCCCCCGGUCACACAGGAUGUUGCGGGCCGCCUGCAUUGUGUACAGAGGAGUGAUAAAUAAGCACGUUGUAAAAGAAGUCAAAUUACCCUCCCAGAACCUGUUUUCUCACAGAGGUCGCCAUCAUUCUUUUUCCGUAGCGAGCAUUCAGCGGCCUUUCGCCAGACAAUCAAUUCGUUGUUACUCUUCUUUAUCUCGUAUUCCGCUAAGGAGAAGCAGACUUUUGCCUUUUCAUGUUGCUUAUCAGACUCGGCGCAACUUUUGGGUCGCUAGGCUGGCAUCCAGGCUAUUAAAACUUCGGUAUCUUGUUCUAGGAUCUGCUGUUGGUGGUGGAUACACUGCCAAAAAGACAUAUGACCAAUGGAAGGAUAUGUUCCCAGAUCUCAGUGAAUACAAGUGGAUUGUGCCUGAUUUUAUAUGGGAAUUAGAUGAACACAUUAAUUUUGAUAAACUAGGUAAAGCUCUUCCGAAUUCUGAGGAGCUGGCCAAACUUCUUCCGGACUUUGACAAGCUUGGGGAGAGUUUUAGCUUAUUAAAGGGGUGGCUCUCAUCUGGCCCUGGAGGUGAGACUGCUUUCAAAGCUACAGACAGUCAGAGUUUUGACAGCUCUGAGAAGCAAUACAAGAAGGGUUUGCUUGGUGAUCUCAUUCUAUUACAAGAGCAGCUCAAGCAACAUGAAGAGGAGGCACGCAGGGCUGCUGGGAACAUUAACACGGGCACUGCACAGCAGAAGCGCAAGGCAUCUGACAAAGAGAAAGUUGAUCAGCUACAAGAAGAACUUUUGCAGACACAGCUGAAAUACCAGCGAAUUCUUGAACGUCUGGAGAAAGAAAACAAAGAUCUACGGAAGCUGGUGCUACAAAGAGAUGACAAAGGCAUUCAUCACCGGAAUCUGAAGAAAUCCUUGAUAGAUAUGUAUUCUGAGGUACUGGACAUUCUGUCUGAUUAUGAUGCCAACUACAACACACAAGACCAUUUACCAAGGGUAGUUGUAGUUGGUGACCAAAGUUCCGGGAAAACCAGUGUCCUUGAAAUGAUUGCUCAAGCACGAAUUUUCCCUCGAGGGUCUGGGGAGAUGAUGACUCGUUCUCCAGUUAAGGUCACUUUAAGUGAAGGACCCCACCACGUUGCUGUAUUUAAAGACAGCUCCCGGGAAUUUGAUCUCACCAAGGAGGCAGAUCUUGCUGCUUUGAGGGAUGAAAUAGAGGUACGGAUGAGGAAGAGUGUCAAGAAUGGACAGACUGUUAGCCCAGAGACCAUCUCACUAAGUGUAAAGGGCCCCGGAAUCCAGAGAAUGGUGCUUGUUGACCUACCAGGAGUGAUCAGUACUGUAACAUCUGGCAUGGCACCAGACACAAAGGAAACUAUCUUCAGCAUCAGUAAAGCUUAUAUGCAGAACCCAAAUGCCAUCAUACUCUGUAUACAAGACGGGUCUGUUGAUGCGGAGAGGAGUAUUGUGACUGACCUUGUAAGCCAAAUGGAUCCACAAGGCAGGCGCACUAUUUUUGUCUUGACAAAAGUAGACCUUGCUGAGAGAAAUGUUGCCAGCCCUAGUCGAAUUCAACAAAUAAUUGAAGGCAAAUUGUUUCCAAUGAAAGCUCUUGGGUAUUUUGCUGUAGUAACUGGGAAAGGUAACACCAAUGAAAGUAUUGAUUCCAUUAAGGACUAUGAAGAAGAAUUCUUUCAAGGAUCAAGUCUUUUAAAAAAAGGAAUGCUUAAGGCUCAUCAGGUGACCACUAAAAAUUUAAGUCUUGCAGUUUCCGAUUGUUUUUGGAAAAUGGUUCGGGCAUCUGUUGAACAGCAAGCUGACGCUUUCAAGGCAACUCGUUUUAAUCUUGAGACAGAAUGGAAAAAUAAUUAUCCCAGAUUGCGUGAGCUUGACAGGAAUGAACUUUUUGAAAAAGCCAAAAAUGAAAUCCUUGAUGAAGUUAUAAGUCUUACCCAGGUUACACCAAAACAUUGGGAAGAGAUCCUCCAAAAAACACUGUGGGAAAGAGUAUCCACUCAUGUGAUUGAGAACAUCUACCUUCCAGCAGCGCAGACCAUGAACUCAGGCACUUUCAAUACAACCAUAGAUAUCAAGUUGAAGCAAUGGACUGAUAAACAACUACCUCAUAAAGCAGUGGAGGUGGCUUGGGAAACCCUUCAGCAGGAAUUAUCCCGUUUUAUGACCGAGCAGAAGGGCAAAGAACAUGAUGACAUUUUUGAUAAGUUAAAGGAGGCAGUAAAAGAGGAGAGCAUCAAGAGACAUAAGUGGAACGAACAAGCAGAGGAUAGCCUGAGAGUCAUCCAGCACAAUGCGUUAGAGGACCGUUCCAUCUCAGACAAACAGCAGUGGGAUGCCGCAAUCCAUUUCAUGGAGGAUACCUUGCAGAGUCGCUUAAAAGAUACUGAAUCAGUCAUACGUGAUAUGGUAGGUCCAGAUUGGAAAGAGAGAUGGUUUUCUUGGACUUUUCGUGCUCCAGAGCAGACCAUACGGAAUGAAACCAAAAAUGAGCUUGAAAAGAUGCUGAACGUUAACGAGGACCACCCAGCAUAUCUGGCCAGUGAUGAAGUCACCACUGUCAGAAAGAAUCUAGAAACCCGUGGUGUAGAGGUGGACCCAGUUUUGAUCAAAGACACAUGGCACCAAGUUUACAGAAGGCAUUUCUUGAAAUCUGCUCUCGGUCACUGUAAUCUUUGUAGAAGAGGAUUCUACUACUAUCAGAGACAUUUUGUAGACUCAGAGUUGGAGUGCAAUGAUGUAGUCCUGUUCUGGAGAAUACAGAGGAUGUUGGGGAUCACAGCAAACACCUUAAGGCAGCAGCUUACGAACUCAGAAGUAAGGCGGUUAGAGAAGAAUGUGAAGGAGGUGCUGGAAGACUUUGCUGAAGACAGCGAUAAAAAAGUUAACUUGCUAAUAGGAAAGAGGGUCCAACUAGCAGAAGAUCUUAAAAAAGUAAGAGAAAUCCAGGAAAAACUUGAAGCUUUUAUUGAAGCCCUUCAUCAAGAAAAGUAAUCCAUCUAGAUAAUACAUUUAAAGGAGAGCGAAUACAGUCUGGGCGUUGAUGAUUUUUCUACAAAAAGCAAUCUCCUGAAGUGAGCUCUUCUAUAUAAAACAUAAGGAAGGAAAGCCUGGUUUAUAACUGGCUACUUGGAGGACUGUCAAGUGUUUGUGUAAGUGUCCAGUGAAGAGACACGUCUACCUGUUGCUACUGUCCUGUGUGUGUGCUGUACCUUCAUCACAUUUACCGACUUUUGUAUGAGCAAACAAUCUGACCCAGAACAUGUCAUUUUAGCAUUUAUAUAUGAAUGUUUAGCACCACUUACUAUUUUAUUUAGUGCUAUCCAUGAAAGUAUUGUAAACUGCAUAUUUAUGUUUACUACAUAUGAAAUAUGCUCCAAUGAAAAAAGUAACAUUAAAUGUUAAACCCAUAUAGUACGACAUGGAUUGAUCCGUAUGAACAGUUUGCUUCAAAGUCUCAAGUUUACGGAGAGAAUGAAAUUGUAGUUUAAAUUAAUUUAUUGAUUUCUAUUUGCACUUAGUAUAUCCUAAGCAAAUGAAAUACCUUGAGGAUACAAUUUGGUUUGAAAUAAUUAGUGUUUUGUUUUUUUAUCCCCUCUGAACACUUAUUUCACAACCGUUGCCAAUAAUGUGGGUGAUAUUUUUCUAAACGUCAGUUACCAUAUAUGUUGGGGAGACAGAGAAACACCAUGCUCUCAUGAUUUCAUUGUGGUGUCAUUGACUGACUAUUGUGGUUCAUUGAAAGAAGUGGAUGAAAUAGGGGAUCCGGUCUGAAGAUCGACAGUGUCUAGGUCGACAAUGUUUAGGUCGACCACUAUAGGUCGACAGUCACUAGGUUGACAUGGAUGGAAGGUCGACAGGGUUUCUAGGUCGACAUGUGCUAGGUCGACAGGUCUAAAGGUCGACAUGAGUUUUUCACAUUUUUUUUUUUUUUUUUCAUACUUAACGAUCCACGUGGACUACGAUUGGAACGGUAAAGUGUGCCGAGCGAAGCGGUAGCGAGGGGACGCGGUGCACUCAUUUGGGAUCCCGGUCACACUACGAAGAAAACGACACCCAAAAAAAAAAAAAAAAAACCUCUGUCGACCUUUAGACCUGUCGACCUAGCACAUGUCGACCUAGAAACCCUGUCGACCUUCCAUCCAUGUCGACCUAUAGUGGUCGACCUAAACAUUGUCGACCUAGACACUGUCGAUUUGAUGAACCACACCAAUGAAAUAGACCAUCCUAUUUUAUGUCAUUUUGUCUGUUACACAGCUAUAUAAACACUGGAUGUGGUAGACACUAGCUGCAUAGCACUUAUUCUUUUUUUUUCUAUUUUUUGGUCAUUACUCCUAAAUAGCAAAUGAAGAUUGUAGUUAAACUCAGACAUAUUUUGAACAGCAGCUUAUUAAUCAGAGCUGUACAACCGAGAGGCAGUAAAUACUAGUGUCAUGUUAGGGGACAUUUGCAGAAAUUGGUGAACAGUAAAAUACUAUAUACCCCACAGCAUCCAAUCAAAGUCUGUCUUUUUUUCUGACAAAUGAAGGCAAACAUCGGUCUAAUUGCUUUGGGUAUAGCACCUUUUUCAGUGCCCCAGUUUACAUAAAUGAAUAUGAAGUGGUAGAAUAAUAUAUAUGAGUGUAUUCAAUUAUACCCAUUCUUAGAUUUAAAUGGAACAAGCAAAAUGUGUGAUUCAUUUUUACAGUUCCGAUGAGCUAAUGUCUGUAAACAUGACAUUUUUUUAUGAUUUUGCACUUAUACUUGCUAUGUUUUUCUGGUUAAUUUUUAUUUUUUAUUUUUUUUACGGUUUAAUUGGUUCCAGCACAUUAAAAUUAAAUUUGUUGUAUAUUGAAAAGUUCUUCCAUUUUUGCAUUUUUGAAAAACCUUCUGUCAUUAGAAGCAUUGAUUCCAAUGUGAAGUCUAUAAAGAUUUCAAUGACAAUACAAUUUAUAUUACACAAAGAUUCAACUUCUGCUAUACAGAUAUGUGAUAUUCCAAGGGUAUAAUACAGUCAAUACAUUUUAAUUUUGUGCCUCAAUCAUACCUCUGGUCCCUCCUCGCUACAUUGUUGUUUCGCCAACAAAGUAGCUGCCAUCCACUGUGUAUUAUUGACUAGUGCACCAAGGCUACAUAUCAAUUAGCAAUUUACACGCAGGUUUGAUGCUAGGAAAAAUACACAAGAAAUGCAAAUGCUUUUCAAAAGUAGUUUUACUAGAGGUUUAGUGACCAAUGGCUUCCUUAUGUAUCACCGCAAAAGAAAUGCAACAGGUGUCAUCAAACUCAAUCCAAGAAUAGUGGCAAUUAGUGGCUCUACUUUUUAUUAUACUUGUGAAACCCAUGUAAAUGCAUUGAAAGCCCCUUGCAUAGCAAAUAAAUAUUUUCAUUUUAAUAAACCAUUCUCUUGAAUUGCUUAAUUUGAAGUUCUCUUACAUUGUAUUUUUUUCUAGCUAUUUUCCCCUAAUUUGCCUUAUUUUAUAAUCCAUUUAUCACUAGGACCCUUCUAUUUUUAUUUUUUUGCUUGAAAAUAUAUCAAAAAUUAAACACAGGUCAGUUAUUGUAAGUAAUGAAAAAACAAAAUCCUGAAUGGGCACUUUUUCAAAAUGGCACUCUUUAAAUCUGUUAGCCAUGGCUAAGUGUUGUAAUCGGAUGCAAGGUACAGCCACAUGUAGUAUGGAGUGUGUCCAGUCUGACAAGCUUUCUGUAAGUAUUUUCUGGUUUCCCCACAGAAUGAAAUGCAUAAGUUGUACUGAAUUACUUUUGUUGCACUCUUAACUGAUGUAUACAGCAUGAUAUAUUAAAAGAACCCUGACUAUUUAUUAAAUUCUAUUGUAACUUGUCUGACAGCAAAUAAAAGAAACAUUUUUGACAGA